CAAAUCAUUGCUUUAAAUUUGUAUGUGCAGUUUGUCUGUGCAUGUAUAUUUAUCAGUCUUUUGCCACAAAAACAAUGUAAUGAAGUUAAGGGGAAGAAACUGAAUGGUCGUUUGAUGAGGGCCAAUGUACACACUGUAGCACCCAAUACAAAUAGACUCAAUAACACUUGUUUCAUUCAACUUCUGUUGACCAGAGCUGCAGAGCAAAAGAUGCAUUUGAAGUUGUUUCUUUCCAGUCUCAUCUUACUAACAGCAUGUGGGCCACUUUUGGCCCAGACACCAACCCCACCAACCACACAACCUGAGUCUGAGGGAAUAAUGUGGAGACUGGCAAAUAGAGCCAGGGAUGCCAAAACUAAAGUCCUGAAUGUGGGGGAGGCAGUGCUGGGGAUAGCUGGUUCUUACUAUGAAGACCACCUCCAACCAGUGGCUGAAAGCUAUUCUCAAUGGGCCUCUGAUGUUAGAGGCUCCAUGUGGGAGAAGAUCCAGACAACCAUUGACAACUACAUGCCAUUUUAAACCAACUAGUCAAAAUGACUAGCUCCCUCAAAACUAA